AUGUGGACUAAGUUCCGUAUCUCCCUUGCAAUAUCUGGGUUGAUUCAUCAAUUCAUAUGUACCAAUAUCCCAUACUCGGACAUGUACCUUCCAGGUGGAACCAACGGCUUCGUAUGUGGAGUGGAUUUUUUUACAAUUGAUCAUUUACGGCAAGUGGUAGGAAAAGCUAUGGAAUCAACUUUCUUUGAACUUUAUCUCUCUAAUUUUCCGGAAUUAUUCGAAGAUACGCAUCUAUUUAAUGUGAAAUCAGACAUUCUUCUAUCAUGGCCUGUCGUGCUCAACGAAAAUUUUUAUUACGUAGGCCAUCCAGGAACAUUCCGUCUCAUCAUAAAUAUUAGGGGGCAAAUCAUGGGUAUGGUAAUCGUAAACUCCCAGGACCAAGAUCAGAAAGUUUCAUUCGAGAAAUGCAGCCCGGUACAUAGGUCUCUCGAGGAAGGUAAUGACGAGCGUAGAAUAUUGAACGAGAGUGGGAGUAUAACCAUAUCUAGGCUUGGCUACGGUUGUGGUUUUGGAGUAAUCCCAGAGUCUACAGUUUAUAAUAUAAAGGAGUUGAUCUCGAGUGGUUAUUUUCGACAUAGACUGGAAGGAAGAGAAAAACUGGCUAGUCUUGAAAAAUACACGGAUGAUAAAUUUGUUGGUGUCAAUCUUUACUCGUAUCCAGUGCGGAGAAAAUCAUCUUGCAAAAUUACUCAUGGUAUGCCAGGUAAAUUCCGUGUUGUUUUUGAUAUGAGCAGCAGUGAAAUCAAGGGAGUCAUCAGUAUAAAAGAUAAAGAUAAAUGUGAAACUUUAUGGGAUUUAUCAUCGACCUCAUCUGAGACCAUCUACAGCCCGUCGUCUAUUCUAGAUCUCGACAGAGUCCAAGACAGUAUUUGGCCCGAGACUUGCUUUGGACAUGAGAUCAAGACCAAGACAAUAUGGCUUUAUUUAGAGUUCGCCAUGAAAAAUUGGAAGUCGAAAUUCAAUGGUCGAAAACUCAACUUUCCUAUUGUAAAAAAGAAAACAAUUUGGCUCUGGCCAAUGAGAACUCCAGAAACCCACAUAAAUGCGUUCAAUGACGCAUUUGCGAUAGGCUACGACACUAGGUCUAAGAGUUACAGUCUGUACCAUGGUCAAUUAUCGAAUGGUAAAUUAACUUAUCAUCAAGUUUGCCUGAACUUCUCUGCCGACAUCAUUCUUCAUUUACAGGGAAUAUUCGGUCCAGCUACUGAAUCCUAG